AUGGUGGGGACUGUGGUGGUGGGAACGGUGGUGAGGGCGGUCAGCAAGAAGUUAUUAGAGUCGCUUGCCGCCCUCAAAGUAGGCCCAGGCGGGAUCGUCAACAUCUACAACUUCGACCUGCACAACGACGGGGUGCGAGCCGAGCACCUCCAGCGCUACUACGACGUGUGCAGGCAGUGCGUCGGGCUGCACGUGACGACGUCCUGCUUCACCACGUGGAGGCAGAACAAGAAGACGAACGCCUACGGCAAAGUCAUCCCGACCACCUCGUCGUCAGGGUCUUCGACCAGCCCUUCGUAUCGCGUGUUCUUCUUCGACGAUAACCUGGAGCUGGACGGUGUCGAGGCGGGCCCAGGCAUCUGCAACCUCCGGGACGUGGAGGAGGGGACCUUCGUGGACUUUGCCGAGGGGAAGAACGGCUACCAGACGGGGCGCGCAGGCCGCCACACGAUAGUGAUGCACAGUGCCGAGUACAACGGGGUCCUCGUGAAGGCGAACAUCUUAGACGCCAUCGAGGACCAGGAGUGCGGCCCCGAGGAGGUCCGAGAAAGCGCCGGCAAGACCGAGGGCGCGGGCGAGGUCGAGUUUGUGGCUUCACAGCGCGACGCGCUCAGGGAGCAGCUCCGCGUGGCCGUGGCGAAGCACCAGGCGCUGGAGCACCUCGUCUCGUCCUUGACGUCCCAGUGCGACGCGCCCGCAAGGCAGCUGCAGGGCCAGAACAUGCACGAGGCCGAGGGGAAGUUCGAGCAUGCCGUUUGGUCCAAGAUCCUGCGCGCGGAGCUCCACGGGGAGAGCAUGCGCCAGGCGAUCACGGACAUGCGCAUGAUGUUGGGCGGCGGCGGCGGAGGCCCCAUCCUCUUGGUGGCUACCAGCCUGCUGCCAGCUGCCUGGUGCACCCUCGUGGCCAUGAGGCAGGCCUAUCGCAGGGUGCGCGGGAUCAGACCGCAGGGCCACCAGCCGUUCGUGAUGCGCAGGGCCAUGGUCGAGGACAUCGCCAGCGGGCGCGUGAGCUUCGCCUUCCCACCUCGGGAUGGUCCGAUCCUGAAGGUGAUCCAGAAGUUGGCGAUGGCUCGGGAGCGCGAGGCAAUGGCUGAUCAGCACCGCCUGCGCUGGCUCCUGGAUGCCUGGUGGCGCAUGGUCCCUCGUGACGGCUCCUCUCACGGCACGGGCCUUGAAGAGCAGCUGACGCGGAUCGACGAGCUCUUAUGA